ACGCAGACCACUAUUUUGACGACAUCGAUCGAUCGUCGCUCACUGGAGAUGUUCCGUCAAGUGAGGAGAGCACACACGUGGACAACUUCCGUGUAUUGAAGGCGCUCGCAGACCACGCAGAUGAUUCUAACGAGGACGAACACACCCAGCCCAGGAAACCAACGUCGCGGGGAGUUGGUGCCAUACAGCCGGAGUUGUACGUCACCGAUCACAGUCAUAGUCCACCGGGACGUAAACCAUCGGUUGGUCAAAAGGACAGCACGAUAUUGGAGGAGUCGUACGGUACUCUGUGGUUUUUCGUACGAUACGACGAACUUUCUCACAGGUUAAAUGUCAACCUACACAGAGCAAGUGACUUACCAGCGAAGGGUCAAAAUGAGACGUCGUACGACACAUUUGCCGAAGUCUGCAUUCUACCCAACGAGAAGCUGUCGCAGAGGUCAAAGGGCAUUAGAAAGACCUGCAACCCGGUAUUUGACGAGGAUUUCACGUUUUCGUGCGAUUCAAAUAAACUAACGGGACUGACACUUCGCAUGACUGUUUUCGAUCACGCGAGACAACACAGACACAACGCCAUUGGCCAUGUGCUGGUCCCUCUUGGGAACUAUAGCAACGAGGAGCUAGUAGAAAAGGGCAUCAAAGGGCAGGGAUGGAAACUAGAGCGAAAAGCAGAGCCGCUGCAUGACCUGGGACAAAUAUACAUUUCAUUAGCAUACUUGCCUUCCGGAGACCGUAUGUCGGUCGUUAUUCUCAGAUCCAAACAUCUUAAAAAAGCGAAAGAGCUCAAAGAAGAUAAACAAGCGCCUGAUUCUUUGGAUACCUACGUGAAAGUAACUCUGGUGUACGGUAACGAAAAAGUGAAAACCCGUAGGACACAAGUAAUAGGUAGAACAGCCAACCCGGUCUACAACGAAUCACUGGCCUUCGUUGUUCCACCUGGCUAUCUGGACGACACAAGUCUCGUGAUCAGCGUGAUGCAACGUGGUUUCAUGAAACGGGACGUUGCGAUUGGUCGGCUUAUUUUGGGGCCAUAUUGGUACAGUCAGGGUCGUACUCUCAGCCACUGGGGUAAAAUGUUGAGUAAACGGGAAGCCACCAAACACUGGCAUUACUUAUAUCUGUAA